AUGCAGGCCGCGCACAGCCCCGACCGCGCGCAGGCGAAGGCCAUGCCUGGCUACGGUGGGCGGCCCUGCCUGCCCUCCGCGUGGGGCUUGGGGCCGUCUAACCCGGCUACGGCGGCCGCAGCAGCACCCGGCCGUGGUGGCCUCCAGCACCACGAGCGGCGCGACGGUGGCCUCCAGCACCUCGAGCGGCGCGACGACGACAGCGACCUUGGCCGUGGUGGCGGGAGACGACACCAGCCUCCCCCGCUGGCAAGCAGGACACUACUGCGGCCGCCCAGGCGCUUCAUGGGGAGCGCGGCGCGCUCCACGGACAAUGCCCCAGCGAGAUUUGCGGGCCGGCGGCAUGCUAGUAGCGAGCGAGGGAGGAGAGGUUAG